AUGGUUUGUAAAUCGAAUACUUCUCCGAUUAAUUUAUCCUUUUCUGGAUGUGGAUUUUUGGGUGUAUAUCAUAUUGGUGUUAUAUGUGCAUUUAGAGAACAUGCACCUGAAGUAUUGGAACGUAAAAUGGCAGGCUGUUCAGCUGGUUCACUUGUUGCUGCUUGUGCAUUAAGUGGUUGUUGUCUUGGACAAAUGUGUAGUGAUGCACUUGAAAUAGCUAUACGAGCAAGAAGUCGAGCAUUAGGACCAUUACAUCCAACAUUUAGUAUUGUUGAUAUUAUACGUAAUGGUUUGAGAAGAAUUUUACCACCAAAUGCACAUCAAAUAUGUUCUGGACGUUUAUUUAUCUCAUUAACACGUUGGAAAGAUAAUAAAAAUGUUAUUAUUAAUGAAUUUCAUACACGUGAAGAACUUAUUCAAGUUUUAAUAUGUUCAAGUUUCGUACCAUAUUGGUCUGGAAUACUUCCUCAUAAAUUCCGUGGAGAAUAUUAUUGGGAUGGUGGUUUAACUAAUAAUAAUCCAAUUAUUGAUGAAGGAACUAUUUUAGUUUCACCAUUUGCUGGUGAAAGUGAUAUUUGUCCAAGAGAUGAAUCCGGAUCAUUUUAUAGUGUUGAUUUUCGUGGUACAGAUAUUUCAUGUACACAAGAGAAUUUAUAUCGUAUGACGCGUGCUUUAUUUCCACCCAAUAUUUCCGUUUUGAAACAAAUUUGUUGGCGUGGAUAUAUUGAUGGUUUAAAAUUUUUACAAACAAGAAAUAUGGUUAUAUCAUCACAUUUAAGUACAAAAACAACAAUAUCAUCUGUACUUGGUGAUGAUUAUACUGAACCAGCUACUGAAGAUGAAAAACAAUUAGGUAAUGGUGGAAUUGGUCAAGAUGUUAAUCGAAUGUAUGAACAGUUAGAUGAUGUUGAAGAAGAAUCUAUGGAUGAUUUUGAAUAUUCCGAUGAUGAUGAUGAUGCAUGUCAAUCAUAUGAUGAAUCAAAUGCUGCUAAUAGUCAAGUAGCAUUUAGUCCAUUCUGUGAAAAAAUAACACGAAAAAAAGAAUUACCAACAUCAUUAUAUGCUGUAUUUGCUGAUGCAAGACAAAAAGAAGAAGAUCCAAUAGGAAGAUAUUUUACAGAUUCACGUCUUUAUAAAGUUUGGUCACUUAUGGCUUUACCAGUGACAUUACCUAUCGAUAUGACUUAUGCAUUAACGAAAAGAGUAUUAGGUGUUUUUCGUCCACCACAAGAUACUACUAAACCAGCAUCAUCAAAUCGUGCAGUAAAUUUUCUUUGGUCAUUAUUUACUGAUGAUAAUAGUGAUAAAUAUUGUUAUCAUGUUAAUGAUUGUGAAUGUACAGAAAGUCGUGCAUCAUCAAUAGCAGCCUCUUCAAAUCAUCAACAACGUCGACAUCGUCCUCAUCGUCGUCGUCGGCCUCGCCAUCAAUCAUCAUCUCGAUUGAAUCCUCAUCAUACAAAUUCUAAUAUUCAACAUCAAACACACGCACCGAUGAGUACAGUAACAUCAUAUAGAUCAGAUUCAACAAGUGAUCAUGAAGAUAUUUCAACGAUAAAUGAUGAUAAUGAUACACAAGAUUUAUCAUCAGAAUUAAAUAUAUCUCAACCUGAUAUAGUUACAUCUUCAAAAUCUACAACUUUAAAUGAAGAAUAUUGUCGUCAGUUACAACAAAUGGCUAAUUUAUCAAAUCAACAAAUAUUUCAUGAACAGUCAUCAUCUACAACAUUGCCAUUUUUUGGUAAAAAUGAUCAUGUCAUAAAUACAGAAUCUAAUCCAUUACCGACAUCAACACUUGAAGAAAAUGUUUUAUUUAAUUAG